CAGCUGACAUUCUGCUCCACUCCUGAUUCGGUCUUGCUACCCCGCGGCGUUUCAAGCUCCGCACGGAGGUGCAACGUUCACCUUUAUGAUUGUGAUUAUGGAUAAACUAACAUGGUGUCCUGGAGAACAUUGAGGAUCUUCGGUGCUUUCCCGCCGUGGCCGCGCGCAGACAUCGCUCUUGCCGGACACUUGAGGGACACAAACCGCGGGAAGGGGACGUUUUCCCCCCUCGAGUGCGUGCAAACUUCCCGGCUCGCAUCCCCCACGUUUGGAGAGACUUGAUCGUUGGAUGGAGCAGACUCACUUGACGCAAACUCUGGUGCGCAGAAAGAAAGGCAUCAUUGCGUCAAAUUGAUCGCAUAGUUUGCACGUGAAGGACGGAGGAAGACUAGUAGUACCACCAGUAGUAGCACCAGUAGUAGUAGUACUAUUACUAGUAGCAAUCCAGGGACCCCCACCACCACCAGCCCACCAGCCCACAUCUGCACUCCGCUCAAGUGGGAUUUGCGCAAGUUUGCAUGCUCACUCUUUGUGUGCGCUUGUAAGAGAAGAGCCGCAGAGUUGAGGUGCCAUGGCGCAGCUGUGUGCGGGGAUUUACGUGCUCCUCCUGGCGCUGCACGUCCAAGACGUCAGCGCUCAGAUGGUCCAGAUGGACUCGAGUAAGUCGGGCUUCGUGGGCUCCCAGGUGGAGCUGCGCUGCAUCUUCAUCAACAGCAACCCACCGGUGAAGAUCUCCCAAGUCACCUGGCAGAAGCUCCUCAACGGAACCAAGCAGAACGUGGCCAUCGCCAACCCGGCUCUGGGCGUGUCCGUCCUGUCGCCCUUCAAGGAGCGGGUCAGCUUCAAGCAGGCGGCGGUCCGUCACCGCACGCCCUCGUUGGAGGACACCACCAUCGUCUUCUCCAACCUGCAGCUGCACGACGAGGCAGCGUACAUCUGCGAGUACACCACGUUCCCUGCCGGGAACCGCGAGAACAUGGUCAACCUCACCGUCUUUGCUCGCCCCAUGACUCGCAUGACCUUGACCACACCCACCAUCGUGGCCAGGGCCCAGCGUCGCAAGAUGACAGUGGCCACCUGCGUGUCGGCCAACGGGAAGCCCCCCAGCGUCAUCAAGUGGGACACCAGGCUGAAGGGGGAGGCCACCUUCCAGGAAACCCGCAACCAGAACGGCACGGUGACGGUGCGGAGCAACUACGUCAUUGUACCGGGCCGGGAGACGCACAAGCAGAAGCUGACGUGCAUCGUGACGUAUCGCAACGAGAGGUUCGCCGACAGCGUGGUGCUCAAUGUGCAGUACGAGCCCGAGGUGAAAAUCGAAGGCUUUGAUGGCAACUGGUACCUGAACCGUCAGAACGUCCAGCUGACCUGCAGGGCCGACGCCAACCCCCCUGUCACCAUCUACCAGUGGAAGCUAUUGAACGGCUCACUGCCAAGCAAUGUGGAGAUCAGGAACAACAGCCUGUUCUUCAAGGGCGCCGUGACAUACGACCUGGCCGGAACGUACGUGUGCGACGCCACCAACGGCAUCGGGACGCGCACUGGCAUCGUGGAUGUCAACAUCACAGAGAAGCCGAUGGCGCGGGGUCCCCCGGGCGGUGUUAUCGGGAUCCUGGGAGGCAUCGUGGCCAUCGGCCUCAUCAUCGGCGUGGCUGUUACCGUGGUCAUGGUCCAUCGGCGCCAGCAGAAGACCCGCACGGAGACAGAUAAUGACCUCGUCGCCGUUGCGGCUGUAGCUGACAGUUGCGUGACACAGGCUGCAGAGAAGCCAGAGUCCGCCACAAGGACCGACCUCCCGCCGGCGCACAAGCCCGCCCCUCCGCCGCCAAAGAAGAAGAACAGCGACAUGAAGGGGCACUUGACGUCUGAUGACAUCCAGGUGGUCCAUCUGGACAAAGACGAGGAGAUGCAGAAGCUCCCCCUCCAGCCACCCUAUUAUGACAUGGCGCCCUCUGAGUCCACCCCCUUCACCGAUAAGACGGACUCUGGGAAACAUCCGGAAGAGCCGCUGAACCCUGCCGAGUACAUGACCCACCAGCGCGACAUGGAGCACCUGGCCGAGUCUCAGCCCACCCAAGCACACCCGCCUGUUACCUUCCUGCCCCAGCACGCCUACGCCCAGCCCCCUUCCAAUGAGCCCAUGUACUCCAACACCGGCUUCUCCGCCCCCGGCCCUCGACCGCCUUUCCCCAAGGAGCAGUCCGUGUGACAGGGUGGUGUUUCCCGCCCCUCCAACCGGUUAUAGGUUAAACCCCGCCUCCUGCCCACUUUUUGACCCGCCCUGCUUGUUUCCAACUCGAGUGCUUUUCUACUUCCUUUGUAAAACAUUUGUUAGCACCUUCUUCGCUGGCUAGUCGACACCAUUGCUUUUCGCUUUCUUUCCGUAUCUGUCAAUCAAAAGCUUGCUUGCCUCCUGGAAAGUCGACUGUAUUGUGCAUUUGCUCCGGUGUGUUCUCGUGAAAAUAAGAAUAAUAAUAAAGAAAAAAAGAUUGUUCUCUGAUGACAAACCCUUUGACUUGCCAGGAUUGUUACGUGAUGGUGAACCCUUUGUCGCUUGGCUGUUUUUGAUUGAUAACAUUCUAACAUUCGUUAGAAGUGAAUGUUAGCACAAUUAGCUAGCAGGAAACAUGCGCACACAAUCAUGAGGGGAAAAAAAAAGGCUUGCAACGCAGGACGAUCUCUUUUUAUGAAAUAAAAUCAAGUAUUUCCAAGCAGUAGCAGGCAAAGACAUGUAGCGCCAUCGUAGUUUAGCUCCAUUGUCCAACAGGACUUGAUAAGAUCUUUGAAGAUUGAUUGGUGACGCACCCCAUACCCGCGUUUUCAUAUCUGUCACUUGUGUUGAUGCAGAGGAAGACAAUCACUCGCCUUCAAGCCUUGUUUCCACCAAGCAGCACACUUUCGCAUUGUUCUUGGUAAAAUACGUGUACCUUUUUAGCCGCUAACUGUGUGUAAGCAACUGUAAUACAGGAAGUGCAUUGUUUUGUUUUUAUCGCAUAAAGUGUUUUGAGUCUCCAGACGGCUCAUCAUGAAACAUUUAUGUGACAAUCGGUUGUACCUGCCAUUAUCAGCGACAUCCUGUGUGCACAAUGCUACUAUUGUUAGCUUACAAUCAUUAUCUUCAAGUUUACCUCCCAUUUACAGUGGUAUGAAAAAGUAUCUGAACCUUUUGGAAUUUCUCACAUUUCUGCAUAAAAUCACCAUCAAAUGUGAUCUGAUCUUUGUCAAAAUCACACAGAUGACAAAAAAAAACAGUGUCUGCUUUAAAUAAAACCACCCAAACAUUUAUAGGUUUUCAUAUUUUAAUGAGGAUAGCGUGCAAACAAUGACAGAAGGGGGGGAAAGUAACUGAACCAUCAUAUUUAAUAUUUUGUGCCCCCCCCCCCCCCCCCCCCCUUGACAGCAAUAACUUCAACCAGACGCUUCCUGUAGCUGCAGAUCAGUCUAGUUAGUCCCAGUCUGGACUAAUCUUGACCCAUUCUUCUUUCCAAAACUGCUUUAAUUCAGUCAGAUUCCUGGGAUGUCUGGCAUGAAUGGCUGUCUUGAGGUCAUGCCACUUUUUCAUACCACUGUACUGCUACUGUUUUAAGGAGCUGAGCUCGCUUCUUGGUGGAAUCGUGGAUGACUGGCAUGAGAACUUAAGACUGUUCAACAAAAAGCUUCCGUCUGUGACUUGUUUUUGUUUGUUUUGAGUAAUAAAUUCAUCGCUGAUGUCAGCAGCUGAACCAGACUAAAAGCCUGCAACUGUACAAAGCACUUGAUUGGAUACCAUACAUAAGCUAGCAUCACAUGCUUACUGUACUUACACUAUAGUACUUACUCUACAUACUACAUACACUACUUACAGUACAUACAGUACAGUACUUACAGUACAUACAGUAGAAAGGGUACAGACAGUACAGUACAUAGAGUAUAGUACUUACAGUAGCUAGAUAAGCCCUCACAAAGCAAAUUGGACUGACAUGUACUUUUGUGUGUAUUUUGUUGCCAUGUAAGUAAUAUGUACAUAUAGUGUAUGGGAAGAAAGUAGUGUGUACAAGGGAAGUAUGUACAGUAUGUUGUGUUUGUGUUGAAAGUGAAUUGAUGUUGUUGGUGGUUUUCAAAAGAGUUUUGUUUGCUUUGUUUGUUAGCGGCGGGUCGAAACGAAGGAGUUUAUUAGCGUAGCACUGAAACACAAGCUUGUCUUUUAGUGACACAUUUAAAGAAGUAUGAUGAUGGUUAUGAAAUACUGUACGUACAUGUCAGGAAGUCAUGUCAUGUUGUCAAAAGUGUCUUUUCCCGUCAGGUUUAGUUCUUACCAGGGUUGCUUUUCCACAUGUUCUUGUGUUUUUUGUACGACUGUAACAUUUACUUUUAUUUUUCUAAAUAUACAGUAUACUGUACAUAUUUAUUUAUCGGUUGGCCACACCUUCCAUUUGUGCGACAACACCUUCUCACGGAAUGAUGACAUGAUGUGAAUUGUUAGUUUUUUAUCAUGUGUGUGUAAAUAUUAACAUGUGUGGAAAAAAAAAAGCUGAAGAUUAAAGCUCACAAAUUGCCCGGCUUUCUUGUUGAAGCUUGGUGUUUUCCGUGCGUUUGGCUGCACUCGUACGAGGCGGCGCUUGAGAUUCAAGAGUGUUUGUGUUGGCAACAAAGUCAUCUUGGUAACCAUGGCAACUGUGUGGGAGAAUGCAACCAGGUCUGCAUCUCAUGACAACAAGCUACUGAUUGAACUUGAAAAAAAAAGAUUUUCCUCCACGUGGCCUUGACCAUGUUGUGAUGACUUUCCCCAGUUGCACAAAAACCAAGACAAUAAGAACGGAGUGACAUGGUAAAGGUGAGUUGCAGAAGCAUGGUAAAGUCUGCCAGAAGAAUGUCAAAUGUAGGGUAAGAAAGAAUAGCAGUGUUUUUCAAUCCCCGCAUCUCUUCGAACCUUCUGUGUAACAUAGCAACAAGCGACGCCGCACUCUCUUCUUCCUUUGACAGUGCUUCCAAUCCUGCAUGAAUCAACCUCUUUAAUGCAAACAUCCUCAUCAAAGCAGUGGUCCUUAGCUUCUGGGGAGUAACCAUGGUGACUGCAUCACCUUGUCUUGAAGAAUACUCCACCCGCCAAGUGACAUCCACUUUUGAGACCCAUAUUGCUAACAUGUCACAAAAUUAACACAACACAAACCCAACAACCACACAACUAAAAAACAUCAUCUACUCUGUUAGCCCUCAUCCAUCUAGCCAUCCAGCCAGCCAUCCAUCCAUCUAUCCAAACACCACCCAUUCAUCUAUCUAUACAUACACCACCCACCCAUCCAUCCGUCCAUCCACUAUCAUCCAUCCAUCUAACCAAACACCUCCCAGUCAUCCAUCCAUACACCACCCACCCAUCCGUCCAUCCACCAUCAUCUAUCCAUCUAUCCAAACACCACCCAUUCAUCCAUCCAUUCAUACACCACCCACCCAUCCAUCUGUCCAUCUACCAUCAUCUAUCCAAACACCACUCAUUAAUCCAUCUGUCCAUCCACCUGUCCAUCUAUCCAAACACGACCAAUCCACCCGUCCAUCCAUUCAUCCAUCCAUCCAUGCAUUCAUCCUUGCCUAAAUAAUUGGUUUGUCCUCUGAAAAACAUUUUUAAAAAUUCUGCCAGAAAAAAAAACACAAGACCGCUCCACUCAGCGCUCAUCUCCAUGGUUGUGCUGGUGGAUGUACGCCAGAUUGCCCCUCCCGCCCCUCCUCUUAGUAACCAUCAUUUAUGAGCCAACACGCAGCGCGGACUUUGUAGAAACAGAGAAAGUGACCACUUAUGAUGAACAACAACUAAAAGCAAGGAUUAAUAUAAAGUCUGGCUGUAGGAUACACAUUUUUACUGUUCAUUUUUUCUCAAGGAGGAUGAGGAGGAGAUAUCGCAAAUAUACCAUCAAAGAGAACCUUUGAUGGUAUAUUUGUCCAUGAUUAGCCUGAUGCUGUGUUUAAUGUAACUGUC